GGGCUGGGUGGGGGUCACGGAGUCGGGGAGCCACCGCCAUCGCGAUGAACAAGGAUCUGCGCAGGGAGCGUGACUCGGCCUCCUUCAACCCCGAGCUCCUCACCCACAUCCUGGAUGGGGGCGCCGAGCGGACCCGGCGCCGCAGGGAGAUCGAAGCCUUAGUUCUGAAUGAUCCAGACUUCCAGCAUGAGGAUUUGAAUUUCCUCUCCCGCAGCCAGCGCUAUGAGGAGGCCAUCAGGAAGAGCGCCCUGAUGGUGGUGAAGCUCAGAGAGUAUGGGAUUGCAGAUCCUGAUGAAAUCUACUGGUUUAAAAGGAUACAUUUGGGCUCUUUUGCUGAACCUAUAGGUCUCCACUUCAGCAUGUUUACAAACACCUUACAGAACCAAUGCACUCUUGCUCAGCAAGACAAAUGGCUACCUCCGACCUAUGGACUCCAGAUAAUUGGAACCUAUGCCCAGACUGAGAUGGGCCACGGAACUCACCUUCGAGGCUUGGAAACCACUGCCACCUAUGACCCCACUACCCAGGAAUUCAUCCUCAACAGCCCCACUGUGACCUCCAUUAAGUGGUGGCCAGGUGGACUUGGAAAGACCUCAAACCAUGCCAUAGUUCUGGCUCAGCUCUACACCCAGGGCCAAUGCAAAGGGCUGCAUGCCUUCAUUGUACCCAUACGGCAGCUGGGCACCCAUGAGCCCUUGCCAGGCAUUACUGUGGGUGACAUUGGGCCAAAAUUUGGUUAUGAUGAAAUGGAUAAUGGCUACUUAAAAAUGGACAACUUUCGCAUUCCCCGGGAGAACAUGCUGAUGAAGUAUGCCAAGGUUGAACCAGAUGGCACGUACGUGAAACCAGUCAGUGACAAGCUGACUUAUGGGACUAUGGUGUUCAUCCGAUCCCUCAUUGUGGGGGAUUCUGCUCGCUCGUUGUCCAGGGCUUGUACCAUUGCCAUCCGCUACAGUUCAGUGAGGCACCAGUCUGAGCUAAAGCCAGGGGACCCAGAGCCUCAGAUCUUGGACUAUCAGACCCAACAAUACAAACUCUUUCCUCUCCUGGCAACUGCAUAUGCCUUUCACUUUGUUGGAGCCUACAUGAAAAAGACCUAUCACCGCAUCACUGGUGACAUCAACCAAGGGGACCUGAGCCAGCUGCCAGAGCUCCACGCAUUGACUGCAGGGCUAAAGGCAUUCACUUCAUGGACAGCCAAUGCUGGCAUCGAAGAAUGUCGAAUGGCAUGUGGUGGGCAUGGCUACUCUCGUUGCAGUGGCCUUCCUGAUAUCUAUGUCACUUUCACCCCAUCCUGCACCUACGAGGGAGAAAACACUGUCAUGAUGUUGCAGACUGCUAGGUUCCUGAUCAAAAGUUACACCCAGGUUAGUUCCGGUCAGCUGGUUAGCGGUAUGGUGUCCUACCUUAACGACCUCUCAGGGCAACACAUCCAGCCACAGCAGGUGGCUGCUAGGCCUACAACAGUGCACAUCAAUGAUCCAGCCAGCUUGGUGGAGGCGUAUAAACUGCGGGCGUCAAGGCUUGUUGAAGCGGCAGCAAAGAACUUGAAAGCUGAGCUGAACCGCAGGAAGAGCCAGGAGGAUGCCUGGAACCGAACCUCUGUUGACCUGGUGCGAGCAUCUGAGGCACACUGUCACUAUGUGGUGGUGAAGCUUUUCACAACACAGCUCUCAGAAAUUAAUGAUGCAGCUGUCCAUGCUGUGAUGAACAGUCUGUUUCUCCUGUAUGCGCUCUAUGGAAUCAGUAAGCACACCGGGGAUUUCCUGCAGGCGGGCAUUUUGACAGAUGCACAGGUUACUCAGGUGUACCAGCGUGUGAAGGAGCUUCUGACUGCAAUCCGUCCCAAUGCUGUAGCACUAGUUGAUGCCUUUGAUUUUCAUGAUAAUCACCUUGGAUCUGUGCUUGGCCGGUAUGAUGGCAACAUCUACGAGAAUAUGUUUGAAUGGGCAAAGAAAUCCCCACUAAACAAAACAGAGGUUCAUGAGUCUUUCCACAAACAUCUGAAGCCAAUGCAAGCCAAGCUGUGAAAACUGGAUGUCAUUGCUUUCCUUCAGGCA